GAAAGUUUUAAGUUAAAAUUGAACAUAAUAAAGCGAUUCGUGGCGAAAUUUUUAAGAAAUUUCUCAUAGUUAGCUACAAUAUCGCAAAAGAUGUAAAGAUACAAAAUUGCUAACGACAAGAUCUACGUCGCCAUAUUCGACGAAAAAAAAUCAUCUGUCUUUCACACGCACAAUACUAUUUGGAAGUGGAUGUUGUGUUUUAAUGGAUUUCUGUGAUUUCUUAUACAAGAAUAAGAAGAGGUAAAGAAAAUAUCGUCCGAUUUUGCUAAAUAAGGAAGUGGCUUUGGAUUCAAGUGGAGGUAACUCGAAAGUGCAACAAUGGACUGCCGCGUGUAGAAAAAUAAUAUAUUGGAGUAGGUAGUGACAAAAUGCCCCGCAAGCCUCCACCAGCUGGGUCUGCAUAUUUCGGGGAGUACGAUGCAAGAUCUUAUCGACAUGUGGGUGGAAACGAUUACAGGUCAACCGAACGCGAGCCGUCCAGAGAUUCGAGAGAUGGAGGUAGGAAAAAGAAAGUAAAACAAAAGAAAUCAAAACGAAAAGAACGUUCUAAGGAGAGAGAUGUUGUGAAUGACCAGACACGUGGGAAGCCAAUUGUGGAUUAUGAUGACAUUAGUUCAGAUUCUGAAAUUAACGCUACGCCUCCUGCCCCCAUGCAAUCGUCUCGUUCAAGAGAUCUCCAUGAAAUUUCACCUGCCACUGAACUACGAAGGUACAAAUAUGACAGGAGUCGAAGUAAUUCUCCGAUUGUUAUCAGGGACAGUCCUCCACAAUCUUAUUCCUCCAGGAAAACGAAAAAGAGACCUUAUUCUCCUGAACAGAUGCAUCGAGAAUCAGUGAAACAUUAUGCUGAGCCCCCUCGAGCAUAUGCACAUCCUCCCAAAGCUUACAGAGAUCAUCGAGAUAUAAGCCCAGUGGGAAGUCCAAGGAAGCGAUACAGGUCAAGGUCACCUAGUCCAUACAGCAGGAAAUCAAAAAAUAACAGUUCAAGAUACCCUGAGAAGUAUGUUCGUCGAUCUUCUCGAAGUAGAUCUCCAAGUCCUCGUAAUCGUUCACGGCGAUCUAGUAGAUCUCCAUCCAGAGGGAAGUACUCCAACUCCAGUCGUCAAAGACGAUCUUCAUCCAGGAGUCCUUCUAGAAGCUCAAGUACAAAACUAACGCAUUCCAAAUAUGCUACAAACACUCUUGCCGCAGAGCUUUCAAAACACAGACGGGCCAGGGAGGCUAAGGAAGCAGCCCUCCUUGCCGCCAAAGGUCGCGAUUCAAAAGAAACCCGACCCAGCAAUAAAAAUCAUUCCUCUGACAAGGACAAAUCUGAUAGAAAUUCUGUUACUUCCAGUAAAAAUGAUUAUUUACCAAGGUCUCCUGGGUAUUCCAAUUCAAAAAGAAGCAGGGGUCCAGAUGAAAUUAUGAAGUCGGAAAUGAAACGAGAGGAAAGGGAAGUCAGGGAAUUGAGUUCUAGAGAUAUGGAGCCAAGAAGAAUGGAACCUAGAAGGGAAGAAAUCAGGGAACCUCCAAAUAUCCCUUACCAUCGAGAUGAUCUACGUAAAAUGGAGGAACGGAGACCAGAUUACAGAGAACAAAGACCUGAACUAGAGCUACCGCCCACCCAUAGACCACCCCCAAAUUUACCUCUCCCCCGCUUAUCUCCUGUAGAUAGUUUGGGGACUAACAGUCCAUACAGAAAACAGGAGCCUCACAGGAAGCGGAUCACAGACCUGCCUAUGCCGCCCAUGAUUGAUGAACCAGAGCCAGAAUACGAACCAGAGCCAGAACUGCCUCCUAAACGAGAGCAAGUUCACCAGUCCACCCCCAAAGUUAAAAAGCCAAAGAUUUGCCAGAAGAGACGGUUAGAUGAGAGGGUCAAAGGUGACUGGGGAGAGAGAUGUGUCGACUUGUUUAACAUUAUAGAAAUCAUUGGGGAGGGAACUUACGGUCAGGUGUACAAGGCUAAAGACACCUUCACAGAUGAAUUGGUAGCCUUGAAAAAAGUAAGACUGGAAAAUGAAAAAGAGGGAUUUCCCAUCACUGCUGUACGUGAAAUAAAAAUCCUUCGGCAGCUUAAUCACCCCAACAUAGUUAACCUGAAAGAAAUAGUCACAGAUAAACAGGAUGCCUUAGACUUUAAAAAGGACAAAGGUGCAUUUUAUUUGGUGUUUGAGUACAUGGAUCACGACUUGAUGGGACUCCUCGAGUCAGGAAUGUGCCAUUUAAAAGAAGAACAUGUGGCGUCUUUCACCAAACAGCUCCUGGAUGGAUUGAACUAUUGCCACAAAAAGAAUUUCCUACACAGAGAUAUCAAAUGCUCCAAUAUAUUGCUGAAUAACAGGGGUCAGAUUAAAUUAGGAGACUGGGGAUUGGCUCGUCUGUAUGAGGCGGAUGAUAAAGACAGAUUGUACACAAACAAAGUGAUCACACUGUGGUACAGACCCCCAGAACUUUUACUGGGUGAGGAGAGAUAUGGACCUGCCAUAGAUAUAUGGAGUAUUGGGUGCAUUUUAGGGGAGUUGUUUACAAGGAAGCCAAUAUUCCAGGCAGGUCAAGAGUUUGCUCAAUUGGAGCUUAUCAGCAAGACCUGUGGCUCACCCUGCCCUGCUGUGUGGCCAGAUGUCAUUAAACUGCCCCUGUUCCACACAUACAAACCCAAGAAACAGUACAGAAGGCGGCUAAGAGAGGAAUUUUCUUUCCUGCCAAAGACAGCUUUGGAUUUAAUGGACCAAAUGUUAGAACUGGAUCCAUCCAAGAGAAUCACAGCUGAGGCGGCUCUUAUUUGCCCCUGGCUGAGGGAGGUGGAUCCCAUGAGAAUACCCCCUCCAGAUCUACCUAAAGAUCAAGACUGUCAUGAAAUGUGGUGCAAAAAUAGGAAAAAGCAUAUGAAAGAGGCACAGAAGAGAGGAGAGGAUUCUUCUUCAACUCAAUCCAGCACCACCAAAGUGGCAUCUAGUGGUUCAAACUCCAGCAUAGGAAAGACUGAAGGAAAAGAUGUUAGGCGAGCCUUGUCUAGUGACAGGACACUGCCACCAAAGACCAAACCCUCAGCUACAGGGGCUAACAGCACAAACAAGACUCCAGUGGGGAUCUUUAAUAGAAAAGACAAAGUUGGUGGUGCCUCGGGGAUUCCAGGACUAGAUGUGGCUGCCCAAGAGCAGCAGAUAGAGGCUCCACCUACAGGAGAAAAUGAGGUGAAGGAGGUUGUGGCCCCUGUCAGUAAUCAGCUGUCACAGAUGAUAUCACUGCUUCAGAAAGGCAUGUCCGUUCCUGAUGUGGCCAAGAGUGUGAAUGUGACAUUGGAUGAACAAACUCAACAACUGAUGAGUAAUCUUAAUGCUCAACUCAUGCUUGCAGCACAGUUAUCUACAGAUCAAGCAGCUGCAGUACCUCCAAGUCAGCCAGAAACCUCUGUGAGCCAAAUCCCUUAUCCUUCUGAGGGAUACCGGCAAGAUUAUGGAAAUCAUAGUUCAAGCAAUAUGUUUGGGGGGGCCAAAGGGGGUGGGUCAGUGGAGGGUAAUCCUAGUUUGUACAGUCAGGACUCAAAUUCAGGGAUGGGGAGUGAAAAUGCAGGAGUGAAAGCUGCCUUAGCUCAGCUGUUGGCUCAGCAGGGAAUGCGAGUGAGCCUGGGAGGAACAGAGAUAUCUGCAUCUGAAACCCGAGUGAGUCACACCGAUACAUACAGUAAGCCAGAACCUAGCUACUAUUCUGAUAGACCUGACUACAGUAGAUCUGGAAGCUACGCUGGUGGAAGUAUUUACUCUGAUGAAGGUUCUAGGGGAGGUUACUCCUCUAGUGGCGACAGCUACGGUGCGCAGUAUAAUCCCCCUAGUGGUGGAUCUGGUGGAGCGGGCUAUUACGGACAGUAUCCUGGAGAAGGAAGACCACCUAAGUCAUAUGCAGAAGCAGCUCAAGGUGUUCCUAAACAACCCAGGAGUAUACUGAAGAAUAAAUCAUCUAGUUCAGCACUGCCUGCAAAGCCUGCUUUGGAUCCUCCUAUAAAUCCAAGAGGGGGUUAUCCCCCACUCCCCUCGGGACACAGUGGGCAUUCUAGGGGUGGAAGGGGAGGUUGGUAAAUAGUUGGACUUUUUCCUUCAUUUUAAAUAUUGUUUCCUCUGGGGUCAAGUGGAUGUUGGGGUGAAAAAAAGGUUAGGUCUUUGUUUUUUGUUUUUUUUUUUUUAGAAUUAGUCUGAUACAUUAAGAUUUGUACAGCAGUAGGAACAGCCCACUUUGAGAAUAAUAUUUGGUGCUAGUAUUAAAGGAAACAAAUUGUGGAGGAUGCUGAGCUUUGAGACAGUUGCAUGUGUUUGUUUACUCUCGAAAUAUGUUAUAUUCUCUCUGUGAUUUCCAAUUGGUCCACUCUGAAGUACUAUAUUUACUAUAUUUUAACCUUAUUGAUUAAUGACAAUGAAAGACAUUUUAGCAACCUCUAGUUGUAAAAGGCAAAGGAUAAAAGUCAACUAAGAUAAAGUGUUUGUAGAAAGUUGGGGUCCAUGGCUUUUGAAUGUAUUUAAGCUUGUAAUGAAGUUAAAAAUGUAUUUUGUUUAGUGUGUAAAGAUAAAUAUUUUUUUUUGCAGUUUGCAUGAGAGUAAGAGAGAGAGGGUGUGUGUGUUUGGGUUGUUGGAAGAGUUUUUAUUUAAGUGGUUUUCUUCAUGAAGGUAUUGUGAAGUUGUAUGCAAUAUAGUUCAUCAAGAACAGUUCUUACAAAGUCCAUGUGGAGAACACUCAGACAGCUCGAAAAUAUAUGUUAGAUAUAAUGCAGAGGGCAUAUUUAUACCUAAAAAAAAUCUCUGAAUUGUACAUGUGUGAACUGAAAUAAAAUUUCAACCUGUU